AAGUAGAAAAGAAAUCUUUCACUAUGUCUGAAUUUGAUGGACAAAACUUACCAAGUACUUCCAAAAAACCAAAGUUAGGUACUGUUUUUGAAAAAUUUAGGGCACAAUUUCAAGAGUUGGAUCAGUUAAAAAGAGCGUACAACUCGUUGUGUUUUGACAGACGAAAUCCACUAAUUGCUCAGGAAAUAACGUCGUGCAAUGCAGCAGCAGGUUAUGGAAUAAACUUUUCUCGAGCAUCGUGCGAAACACGUCCACAUGCGGAUGAGAUAUAUCCAUUUGGCAUCAUAUUCACGGAUGCAAUUAUGUUGCUGAAUAACUUUUUUACCAAACCUGAUUAUGUUCCCAACAACAAGGCCUCCAGAUUACUACUGGAAAAAUUGAUUCAAUUUUUGAUGGAUGAAGAUUCACAUGCCGCACUGAAAAGAAUGCAGAGAACAGAUCUAUCAAAGACUGGGGUAAUGACUGUCUUGGCUGAACAUUUUUUUCGCCAGCUUUCACUUUCUGACUCAUAUACAAUGGAUAAUUCUGCGAAAUACAAAGGCCUUUCUCUCUGCAAAUGUGGAUCAUGCAAGCCAGAAUAUUUGUCAUCUUGUUUUGGCGACACAAGUGUAGGGAAUCCAGAUUGCUGGCAUGGGUCUUUAAAUAUCCUCCUUGGAAGUAUGGAGUCUUUUGUACAUGUGGCUCCAGUGGAAGAAGAAAUCGGCCCAGGUGGCAGAACAUCCAUAGAGGUGAAACACAAAAGUGUAGAAGAAAGAGGAUUCCGUAGCCAGACUUUAGCUCAGGCCAUUGUGUUUUCCUUCCUGCAAAAGCAGAGACAUCCUAAUUUAGACAAUUUUCUUAUUCCUUGUAUGGCAGCAACUAGAAAUGAACUCAAAAUUUAUUUUUAUGACUGCAAACAUGAUAUUUUGCUUGAAAGUAGAAGCAUUAAGCUACUUGUGGAGAUACCCGGCUCAAGAUGUGAAGUGAAUUAUGAGGCAGUUCUUGCUGCUUGGCUUGUUCUGAAUUAUAAAUUUUUGUGUAGUGGACCUCCGGAGUCAUUACUUGAAGCUCCAAAAGCAAAUUUUUUUAGCCUUGCUUCAUCUAGCCUUGAAAUUUAUGAAAAAGAUCUUGCAUUUAAAAAUGUUGUUGCCAUGAAUACUUUUGCAGACUAUGACUUUAUUGACAUUACAAAGCCUAAAUUUGUUUGGCCUUCAGAUCUACCGUGUCAACCACUUGACUCAGAAAGUAAUUAGAUGAAGGACAGUGGUUAGAAUUUCAUUAUCUAUAUAAUGUCAAAUAGAAGCAAAUGAAAUAUUGAUUUAUCAAAUGAUCUGGAUAAUUAACAUAUGAAAUGCACAUGAUGUAAUGGACCUGUGUUUGUAAAUGUCAUCAAGCAGGUACAUGUACUUCAAACAUUCAUUUGAAAGCCUGAAUUAUUAGCUUAUAUUUUUUUUAUAAGGCCAACAAUAAAAACUAUUUGAGUGAUGUACUCCGACUGACCUGUCAAAAUUGCCCCUACCCAAUCAUUUUUUCUCUUUGAAUUUUCAAAUUUUAUCCCUUUAACGGUUUGAAUUCCAUAGACAUUUUAAAGUGAAGGUAUACAUGUACAUUGUAAUUUCUAUAGAUGCUUUUUGAUUUAUAAAAUAUUAAAUAUAUCUAGCUAUCCAGUGUGAAAA